AUGUCUUAUGAAAACCACAUGGAGAAUGAGCGAGAUGUCACAAGCUGUCUUAUAGAUUAUAGCGAUGGAAGUAAGUAUACUGACAGAAGUACAUUUAAAACAAAGCUCAAAUGUGAUUGGACUGAAGGUGUUACUGGAUGGCAGAACAUUGUGCCAUCACCACAGUAUGUACCACAUCAUGUAUCAAAUGUGAUCCGGAAAAGAAAAUCUGAUAAAUUGCCAGAAUGGCAACGUAGUGCAAAUAGUGAUCACUUUGCAGACAUGCUUGGGGAAAACUCUAAAGCAGGUGUGCGUUGUGUCGGAGAUGAUUUCGAAAAUUUUCCAAUUCCUCCAUGGAAAGCAAAUGUUGAACAAGGAACUUUUCGUUAUGUCCCUAACAAUGGUUUUUAUCGGACAAUUAAAUUCCUAACAUUAGAUGAGAGAAGAGAAUGGUUCACAGUCACAAAGAAACAACCAGAAAAGGUUUCAAUGAGCUGGCAGAACAAAAGAUUUCAAAAGGAGUUGAAACGCCAACUCAGAAGAGAAUUUUCAAAUUAUCAACAUUAUCGUCAGAGACAAAGUCCAAGUGUAUCCAUGCAUGAAUCUGUUGACACUGCUAAUACUACAAGUGAAAAUCCAACAGCAAGAAGUGAAUCCCGCAGAUCAAAUCGGCGUAUCAGAAGCACACAUUCACAAAGCAGCUCAUCGAGUCAGUUAGCUGAACCACAACAGAAGCCAUCUGAAUCUCCAAUCAAGAGUGCCCCAGUCAGUAGCUAUCUACAGAAGUCAACUAGUGACCUCUACAUUGAAAAUUUCACACACAGAAUAACUGCUUUAGAGGAGGAGUUGAAGCGGGAUUCCAGAAUUGUACGAAAAAAUCAUGAUGAACCUUCAGCUACAAAAAACAAUUCAAAAUCAAAGAAUUAUAGUGUGAAAGACUUAGCACAAAAACAACGUGAAAAAGACACAACACCGCGACAACCACCACCUUCUAAAGAAGUCAUGUCAAAGGAAUCAUUUGUUAUCAAACCUGUAGGUAACCGAGAUCUCAAACCAAUUGAGAAACCUGUCAUGCAAAAUACAAGUGGAGAUGGGGACAAAACAACAGUUACUCAGCUCAAGUACACUAAUAGUGCUUCUGUGAAUGGAGAUGGAACUGUAAUGAAUUUUCCAAAUUUUCAAAAUCAAGACAACAUUGGUAGUGGUGAAUUAGAUAAGACUUUACAUUCAUAUAAAGUAGCCAUCGAAACAACAAAACAGUCGUUAUUUCAAACAUUGUCUGCAACGAAAAUCAAGAGAAGAGCAUCAGGGAAAGGGUUUACUUCACCUGCUACUAUAGGUGCCUGUGAGAAUAUAUCGUCAAAUAAUGAUAACAUUCCAGACAAAGUGGGAAAGAAUGGCCAUCCAAGAGGGCAUGGCUCAAUCACUCAAAAAGAUGUCAAAGCACAAGAUAAAAAAGGACCAAUUGUAGGAAUACUGCCAGAGAUCUCUGGAAAGAGACUUGAAGUCCCCCCAACUGGUCAUCGCUGGUUAUAG